AGAGAGAGGACGCUGCCUUCACUCCGGGACAUUGAAGCUCACAUCCGACGAGACAGAACAACAAACGCUAAACUCAACACAAAGUUUUCUUUUCUUCUUGUCUUCUUGUUUCUCCGGGUCGAGAAUCCAUUUCAGCGCUGAAGUCGUUCGAGGAAACGAGGUGUUCAGCAUCUUCUUGAGUGACGCUCCUUCCUCCCGGCCCUUUGACUCCACCUCCUCUGCGAUGUCAUCUCAGGCCACGCCCAUCCAGGGAUCACGCCCAAUGACCCCUCCACUGACCUCUGCAAGAUUCCCACAGUCCCCAGUGUCACCAGAGUCCCUGCGUCCUCCGGCCUGCAGACACAGAGACCGCUCACCUUCCCCCAUGAGAGGCUACCUCAUCCCCAGCCCCCUGCCCACGCGCAGAAACAGGACCUGCUCAGCGACGGCCCGUGCGUCAGAGGGUCCAGCGUUUACCGGCAUGUGUAAAUGCUUCUCCCGCUCCAAAGGCCACGGCUUCAUCACGCCAUCUGACGGCGGCAGCGACAUAUUCGUCCACAUCUCGGACAUCGAGGGUGAGUAUGUGCCGGUGGAGGGCGACGAGGUGAGCUACAAAAUCUGCUCCAUCCCGCCCAAGAACGAGAAGAUCCAGGCGGUGGAGGUGACCAUAACCCACCUCAACCCGGGGACCAAGCACGAGACCUGGUCGGGACACGUCGUCAGCAGCUGAGCGCUGUUACCUCGCCGGGGAGGGGGUGGUGGGCAUGGAGGGGGG